AUGGUGAACAUCAGCGAGGUGAAGGGGAGCUCGCGCGAGAAUAGGACCGCCGCGCAUACUCAUAUCAAAGGGCUUGGUUUGCGUCCUGAUGGCACCGCUGAGGUCUCCGGGAAUGGAUUCGUUGGCCAGGUCCCUGCCAGAGAGGCAUGCGGCGUGAUUGUCGAUUUAAUCAAGAGCAAGAAGAUGGCUGGCAGGGCCGUGCUACUUGCUGGAGGACCGGGAACUGGAAAGACAGCUUUGGCGCUCGCUGUCUCUCAGGAGUUGGGAACAAAGGUUCCUUUCUGCCCCAUCGUUGCCAGUGAGAUCUUCUCGGCAGAGGUAAAGAAGACAGAAGCGCUGAUGGAGAACUUUCGUCGUGCAAUUGGACUUCGAGUUCGGGAAACGAAGGAAGUGUAUGAAGGCGAAGUUACAGAACUUACCCCAGAAGAGGCGGAGAACCCAUUGGGCGGUUAUGGUAGAACGAUAAGCCACCUGAUUAUUGGUUUGAAGUCAUAUAGAGGAACCAAGAAGCUACGACUCGACCCCAGCAUAUACGAAGCUAUCCAGAAGGAACGGGUUACUGUUGGAGAUGUGAUAUAUAUUGAAGCUAACACCGGGGCAUGCAAGCGUGUUGGAAGAUCCGAUGCCUAUGCAACGGAGUUUGACCUCGAGGCUGAAGAAUACGUCCCAAUACCCAAAGGCGAGGUUCACAAGAAGAAGGAAAUAGUCCAAGACGUUACACUACACGAUCUGGAUGUCGCGAAUGCCAGACCCCAGGGAGGGCAGGAUAUAAUGAGCAUGAUGGGCCAAUUGAUGAAGCAGAAGAAGACCGAGAUCACUGAUAAGCUACGGCAAGAAAUAAACAAGGUCGUUAAUCGGUAUAUUGACCAAGGAGUUGCCGAGCUUGUCCCUGGUGUUUUGUUCAUUGAUGAGGUCCAUAUGCUCGAUAUCGAAUGUUUUACUUACCUCAACCGCGCUCUCGAAUCAUCCAUUUCACCAAUUGUAAUCCUGGCUUCCAACCGUGGUAACACCGUCAUCCGCGGCACCGAUGACAUAGUUGCAGCUCACGGUAUUCCCUCUGACCUUCUUGCUCGUCUCCUUAUCAUCCCAACCCACCCAUACAACUCUGAGGAAGUCAAAACCAUCAUCCGCCUCCGCGCCAAGACAGAAGGCCUCCAGAUCACAGAUGCCGCCCUUUCCAGCCUUGCAGAGCAUGGAAAUAAAGUCAGCUUGCGCUAUGCUCUGCAGCUGUUAACCCCAGCUAGUAUCCUUGCACGGGUCAACGGCAGACCAAAUGGUAUCGAGGAAUCCGAUAUUGCCGAAUGCCAGGACCUGUUUAUUGAUGCGAAGCGCAGUGCCAGCAUUGUGGCUAAUGAGACUGGCGCUUUUAUCUCUUAA